GAUUUCUAAAAUGCGUGUUCAAAUUGGAAUACACACGCAUAAAUUUACUACAUGCUCUUUUACGAUAAAUAAUAUAAUCGUAAUAUAUAUAUCCAUGUAAUUACUAUGAUUUAUUUAAAACGGGUGAUUUUUACAUUUAACGAAAGCGGCGAACGUAAACGAAAGCUUCAAAAUACACGUACGUAGAUAGUCUGUCGUAUUGACCUAGCUGGCUAAUGAAAAUAAACAAAAAAUGGGGCAGUUGUCAUACUCAGAUUUGCUGGUCGCUUGAUUUUUAUUAAACUUAAUCUCUCAAUUCCAUGUCACCUGGACGCAUUAAACGUCGUAUUGGUUUUUUAAAUUCACCAGACGAAGCAUCCCUAAAAUACGACGGCGAAAUCUGAAUUUGUAAUGAGCUGCACCUUCCAAUAUGGAGAGUGAUCUCAGCCCGCAGGACAAGAAAGACUUGGACAAAUUUAUUAAGUUCUUCGCGUUGAAGACUGUACAGGUGAUUGUUCAGGCUCGCCUCGGAGAGAAGAUCUGUACUCGCUCCUCAUCUUCGCCCACGGGCUCGGACUGGUUCAAUCUUGCAAUAAAAGAUAUACCUGAGGUGACACAUGAAGCUAAGAAGGCAUUGGCUGGGCAGCUGCCUGGCAUUGGCAGGUCGAUGUGCGUGGAAAUCUCCCUUAAAACAUCAGAGGGGGAUUCAAUGGAAUUGGAGACUUGGUGUUUGGAGAUGAACGAGAAGUGUGACAAAGAUAUCAAAGUCUCCUACACCGUUUACAACAGACUGUCCUUAUUGCUCAAAUCACUGCUAGCCAUCACAAGAGUGACCCCAGCCUACAAAUUGUCACGAAAGCAAGGCCAUGACUAUGUCAUACUGUACAGGAUAUAUUUUGGGGAAGUUCAGCUUGCAGGACUUGGAGAGGGUUUCCAGACCGUGCGCGUGGGUGUAGUGGGAACUCCCAUCGGCACCAUAACUCUCUCCUGCGCUUACAGAACUAACCUGGCCUUCAUGUCCACCAGGCAGUUUGAGAGGACGGCCCCCAUAAUGGGCAUCAUCAUCGAUCACUUUGUGGAGCGUCCCUUUGCCAAUGUAGGACACAUGCACCCGUGCAACUAUAGGACGGCAGGCGAGGAUGAUGGAGUGACGUAUGCUGGGGUGGAGGACUCCCAAGAAGUGUGCACCACCUCUUUCUCCACCUCACCCCCUUCACAGUUUGUGUUCACUGUUGGUAAAAAAAAUUUUAAGAGCCCUAAACCUGCAGUGAUGGACACUCUCAAGGUCCCAACCAUGGGCCUGGCCUGUUCGCACCAACUCUACAGCUCUCGUCUUUCCUAUCAGCCCCCUGCGCUCGGAGUGGCCGAUCUCUGCUACCCAGCUGUCUUUAACACUGCCCACCCGCACCAGAUGGUGAUCCCAGGGAAGGAGGGCGGUGUGCCACAGAUGCCCGUGCAGCCGUGCCACGGUGCCCAGGCGGAGCACGGACGGGUGCCCUCGUGCCCCCCUGCAGACGCCGCCCACCACAACCCUGCCACACCCUCCAGCGGCUGCGAUGACACAGACACCUUGUCCAGGAGCAGCGAGGUGAAAAGCGUGUCCCCAUCCAACGCGUUAGAGGCCACCUUCACUAGGAAAGUGGGCGCCUUUGUCAACAAGCCCACCACACAGGUGACCAUGGCCAGUCAGGAGCUGCCUUUUGCUGCGUUUGCUCCGAAGGCUUUUGACUUAGAGGAGAACGACCCGAUGGUGCAGCCCCCGGAGUCCCCCACCACCGCCUCCCCCUUGCAGGGCAGCCUGCACUCGCAGGACUCCAGCGACAGCGGCGGGCAGACGCAGGACGACUUCGUCAUGGUCGACUUCAAGCCUGCUUUUUCCAAGGACGACCUGCUUCCCAUGGACCUGGGAACGUUCUACAGAGAGUUCCAGAACCCCCCGCAGCUGGCCAGUCUCUCCAUUGACGUCAGCGCCCAGUCCAUGGCUGAGGACCUGGACUCGCUACCUGAGAAACUGGCCUUGUACGAGAAGAACAUUGACGAGUUCGACGCCUUCGUUGACACCUUGCAGUAGGACCGUACAGGUCAACCGGCCCCAACUCCGUCAUCUCACUUAACGCCAAAAGAACUCCUUCAUCCAUCCCCUGGAGUAUACUUCUCUUCUUUAUAUUACUUUUUUUGAAAGAUAAGGCCAUGUGGGACUAUGUUUUUAAACCUCAAAGGAAUAAGUGAAUUGAAAAAUGAUCUCAUUAACUUAUACCCAGCACUUUGAAUCAGCUGACAUAAUUGAAUUGUUUCUUCGUUUGAACUCCUUUCUGAUUUUAAGCGUCGUGACUCGCAUAUGGUCCUUGUUCUUUACACACCCGAAGAGUUGCGAAGGCCCUGCUGUGCACCGUAGAUACUGUAGAGGCUUCUGACGUUGUACAGGCAGCGUUUCUGUCAUAAGUCCCAAUGUAAAUACCAGCCUCUCCUUUCUGUAUUGUUAUUUAACUGAACCAAGGCAAGAGAAACUCGUUUUAUCAUCAUUUGAAGAAUGUCAGUUAUCUCUGCUAGCUUGUGACACUGAAAAUGUCCUUCGUAUCAGUGAUAGAGACAGGCACAGUCAUGUAUAGACAUAAGAGAAGACAAGUAGACGCACAAUUAACUGUGGGGUGGACAGAGGCAAACGGGUCAUAUUUUCAUGUUUAUUCCAUAAUUGAGACUGAGCAUAAAUUGCUAGGGGCUUCAAAUUAGAAAGGAAACAGGCCAAGUAGUGAAGUGCUUCUUUUUAAAAGCAGCAACAUGACCUUUCGUGUUGACUUACUCUUCUUUCCACACCAGAGAUAUUAGUUUAGGGGCACAGUCACAGUCAAUCAAGAGGACGAGAAUAUGCACUACUGUACAGUCGCGUCUGAAUCAUUGUGUUUGAUCAUAAUAUGAUGCUACAGAUCUUCGCCUCAUUGCAGCAGCUCUUUAGCCUUAGAGUGUUCGUAUCCUGCACUUGCCUCAUCAGUGUCAAACACCUAUAACUGUUUCCAUUGCUACCACAGGCUUUGUUUAUAAGGCAUGGCUGUGUUGUAUAAUAAACCUGAAUUUUAUGUUAAAAAUUAGUAGUUUUUUUUUAAACUAGCCAAAACGGUGUGACAUUGGUAGACCAGCAGUUUGUAAUAUGCAAAAAGGGCAUUUGACUACACACUUUUUUUGUCACGUAAUCUCCGGUAUCCCAUUUCCAGCAGCUUUGUAAAUAAAGUUUAUUAUUUUUAUUUAAGAACCAGGCAGAACCAUAAAGUUCUGGCUUUAUGGUUCUUGCUGGCUUUCACUUCUAGUGAACUAAGCCAGAACUGUGGAGUCUCUCCCCUGCUGCUCAUACUAGUAAACUGUGACCAAGGCUGUGGGCGAAGCAGUGUACCCACCUCCAGGCACAGCCAAUCAGAUGAAAGAUGGAGGCGUCUAUUUAAAAACAUGAUGGACAGCCUUUCAUAAAAAUGACAGUCUGAGAGCUGUGUUUUGGAGAUAUACGUGCUCCUAGAUUGAUAUGGAGUGUUUUGAGCAUGCAAUCUUUGAUUUAACCAAUGGCUGAGAUGUGUGCCGGUAUCUUAUUAAAAUCUUAAAUGUUAUUUGAAAGUUCACUCGCUGUAGGCAUAAACUCCUCCACUGCCUGAUUUAUGAAGUCUUCAUUCCAGUGCUGUGCAGUCUUAAAAGAUUAAAAACAUAGCUUCUUGGUCAGAAUCGCAAGAGCACUUUUGUGUAAACAGGCAGACUUUUUAAACUGCCACAGUGGGGGUUAGAUGAGAGUGGUCGAUAAAGCACAAUGGAUCAUUGUGACCUUUCUGGCAAGCGGCAGUUGGGAUUCUGAUUUAAGCAAGCUAUGAGCACAUUAUUUUUGCCAGCAAACACCAGGACAGACCGUCGAUACAAGGCCUCACACCUCAAUAGAUUUGAAGUGCAGACAUGCAUAAUGUGUAUACAGUACUUCUGUGCUGUCUGGGCUGAUAAACCCUGCCAUCUUGCAGAAAUGUAUAGAAAUUUUCAAGUUCUGGAAAUGUGAUACCUUUCGGUCUUCUCUGAUUGUGAAAUGUGAAAGGAAAAGCAGAAGAAUAGAAAAACCCACUAGGUUUUUAUGGUUUACGUUCAUCUCCCGUGUUCCAGUUUUCUUCCAGCAGGGUAACAUGGCUACUGCUGUGCAAUAUUGCCAAUCCAACAUUUUUCUUUAAUCACUACAAGUAAAAAUUCAAACCAAAAUAAAUUUUGCUGUUAA